CUUCCUCUUUUGUCUACCGAGGGAUCAUUAAUUCAUUAUUAUCAAGUCCCAAGAGUUUCCAAACCAUGGUUGGUCCAGCAAUGGUGACAGAAAAGAGGGUUGCAGCAACACGCUUAUCAAAAGAUGAGUUGAUUGCUUUCAUUCAAUCGAUCAUUUUGAAUGAACAACAAGAAGAAAUGGGGCCAUUUUACGUGCUAGAUUUGGGUGUUGUCAGGUCCCUCUUGGACGCAUGGACUCUUAACCUUCCCAUGGUUCAACCUUUCUAUGCUGUCAAGUGCAACCCCAACCCUGCUUUCCUCAAAGAAAUGGCAGCUUUGGGCACCAGCUUUGAUUGUGCAAGCCGUGCUGAGAUUCAAACCAUUUUGUCUCUUGGGGUUUCACCUGAUCGGAUCGUUUUCGCAAACACAUGCAAACCUGAGUCUCACAUCAAGUAUGCCGCUAAAGUUGGUGUUAACUUGGCUACUUUUGACUCAAAAUGUGAACUUGAGAAGAUUAAAAAAUGGCACCCAAAAUGUGCCCUGUUGAUGCGAAUCCAAGUCCCGGAAACCAGUGGUGCAGCAUUUCUGUUCGGUUUCAAAUUCGGUGCACUCCCUGAGGAAAUCGUUCCUCUUCUCCAAGCUGCUCAAGCUGCAGAGCUCAAUGUUGUUGGUGUCUCAUUCCACAUUGGUAGUAGAGCCAUUAACUACCAUGCAUUCGAAGAAGCAAUAUUAGCAGCUAAAACAACAUUUGAAACAGCAGCUCAACUUGGCCUUCCUAAAAUGCAUAUUCUAAACAUUGGUGGAGGUUUCACAUCCGGUCCAAAGUUUACUGAAGCAGCCUCAGCCGUGAAAGUUGCUCUGCAAAAGUAUUUUCCUAAUGGGCCUGCUACUGGCUUAAAAAUUAUGGCAGAACCUGGUCGUUUCUUUGCUAACGAGCCUUUCACAUUAGCAACAAGCAUUCUAGGGAAGCGAAUUAGGAAUGAGAUUAAAGAGUAUUGGAUUAACGAUGGGAUGUCGGGGUCUAUGAAUUAUUUGAAGUAUGACCAUGAUGAUGUGACUUGCACUCCUCUUGCCAACUAUGGCAGCAACGACGUUAUGACAUGCAAAGGACUUAAGACAUCCGAUUCCACAGUGUUUGGACCAACAUGUGAUCCGGAGGAUACGGUUUUGGAGGGUUACCCGCUGCCAGAUCUACAAGUUAAUGAUUGGCUGGUCUUCCACAACUUGGGCGCUUACACCUCUUCUCGUGGGAAUGAUUUCAAUGGGUUCAAAACAUCAGCCAUUCCAACUUACCUUGCGAACUUUGGUAAAAGUUGAUCCCUGCAGAAGAAAUGCAGAAGUUGUUUGGCUUUGCUAGCUCCUAUAUAUAAAUCACAAUGGUUGUCGUGUCUCGUUCAAUAAGUGAUCAGAUUAGCUUAUGUUGUUUGUUGUAGCAAAUGAGGUUGUUGUCUUCUUUUUCUCCUAUGAAAGUUUAAGACUGCUCCAUGAUUGUCUA